UUAGUAAGUAUUUUUGGAAGACUUGAGAAGCAGACAAGAACAUACGAUUGCUUCUACCGCUUUAAAGGAAAAAAUUAUAAAUAUUUAUUUAUGAUAACCUUGAGAUAUCAAAUAAAAAUCCUCGUAUCUAGUGCCCUUUGUAAUCGAAGCGAUACAUGAAGGAAAAGACCCAAGAUCUUUAACCGGACAAGAAAGCAACGGUGUACAAAAUUCUGGAGAAACUUCGAAAGAGACGGGUAUACUGCUCGCCCUCUUUGCCGUUGCAAUGGUUGUUGCUUGUCCCUUCCUUGGUUAUAUGGGCGAUCGAAUACCUCAUCGAAGAUACCCUAUGCUUUUGGGAAUGGUAGCCUUAUUUGGGUCCAUCUUUUUCUUCCUUUACGGAAAUCAACUGUGGAUGUUUGGAGUUGCACGCUGUUUACAAGGCUUUGCAGAUGCUUGUAUUUGGACACUUGGUCUUUGUUUCAUCGUUGAUACUUCUCCACCACAAGUCCUCGGAGCUCAGUUAAGCAAAGCAGUGACAUUCCAUACAGUUGGACUAGCUUCCGGCGCACCAAUUGGAGGUGUAUUAUUCCAUAGUUAUGGUUACCGUGCACCGUUUAUUUUGUGUCUCAUCGUUACUGUCAUCGACUUGAUUCUACGGAUUUUUGUAAUUGAACGUCGAAACUGUUCGGCAGAAUGGUUUGAGCCGUCAGCCGAUAGCAUUCUUCAGUGCGGCAAUAAUCAAGGCGGCAAUGAAGCAAUAGUGACAACAGAAGCACCACGUGCAUUCGUUGCUAUUGAAGAAGAAGAACACGAAGAAGCACAGAGUCGACAUAGCAACAUUCUUAGCGCUACGAACAGUGAUUCUUCCCGGAAAGGCGAUGAAACAGCGACUAUCAACAGUGAAGUUAUUACAACAACGGCAACGGAGAACCAUCUUUCAUCCCAUAUUAGCAAUAACAAAAAUUUAUCGCACCUUGAUGUUGAUGCUACUGCUGACACCAAAGAAGAGAUUUUGGCGAAUGAAGAAUCCCCCCCUGUUUCUCGCUCUUUCACCGUAGUGCAGCUUAUGCGGUAUCCAAGGGCUCUAGUAGCAAUGCUCACCAGCUUUGCAUUUGGAAUUGCAUUCAAUGUCUUUGAGCCCACCAUGCCGAUCCGCUUAGCCAGCGAAUGGGGCUACAAUUCUGGUCAAAUCGGCAUCGUUUUCCUAGCUCAAAUGAUCCCAUCCUUCGUAGCCACGCCAAUAUGCGGAUAUGCCUAUGAUCGUUUCGGUCCCAAGUGGAUAACUUCCAUUACCAUGACUCUCUGUGGAAUUUGCACCGGUCUGAUGGGAAUACCAAACCAUUCAACACUUGGAAGUAUUGUUCCUUUAAUUGUGCUGUUUGCUCUCGAAGGCUUUUUUGCUGCGGCAUUUACUGUUUCAGCAUUCCCAGAAAUCGCACAUGCAGUUAAUUCUUUGACUAACAGCAGUAAAGAUGGAACUGCAAGCAGUUAUGCUCUGCUUAAUGUUGCUUUUGCUAGCGGCGCUAUCACUGGGCCUCUUUUAGGUGGAUUUCUUUUCGAUAAAGUUGGGUUCUUCUGGCUUUGUAUUAUUAUUGCUUGCUUUCUGCUUUUAGCUGCACCUUUUACAUUUAUAUUCUUAGGAGAUGAGCCAACUCCUGUACCAAAAUGUAUAUCAAAAUUAGUAUUUACUACCUGAUGUAAAUGUUGCCAUUUGCCUUGCAGCAGUAGGGUUGGAACUUCAAAUAGUUUCGAAAAUAAGUACAUGCUUAUACAUAAACCGCACUGUUGUCCACACG